ACCACCUGCGCCAGGUGUGCACGCAGGUCGGGGACCAGCGCUCUCGGCGGCGAGGGUGAGCCGCAGCUGGCGUCGCCGCACAGGGCGGGCUCCGAGCGAGCGGGAGGGAGUCCCGGGCUGCGGCCGGACGCGGCCGUUGCUAUAGCAACGCGCCGGCAAACGGGCCGCUGGGCCUCCAGCUGCGGGUCGGCUGGCGGCCCAGCCGCGGAGGGAGCAGGUCUGGGCCCGCGCUCCCCUGCUGCCGUCUGCGGGGGCCGAGCCGUUGGGACCCUGAUUUCCCCGGCCGGUGUUUGGGGUCGUCCCUGGCUGCCCUGGUUCGUCUCCACCUCUCACCUCCACCCCGUCUUGGGAUCUGACCUUUUUUCAAAGUUUAAGGCGAACUUACUAUAGGGUUCGUAUCCAUGGUUGUACGUGGUGGACCCUGGAUGCCCUCUUCAAAAAGAACUUUUUCAGCGUUCCCGGUCUUAACUCCCAUUGAGCACGUAGGUCAUUCCUCUCUGUGUUCAGCUCUCACGUGUGAAGAGAAGCCUAGUGCCUCGUUAACGUAAGGACCUCACUGACUGGAAGCUACAGGUUUUGCCAUCAGCUUGCCUUAUCCUUUUUGGUCUGGUUCUUUUCCUCAAACAGUGGAAACAUCUUUCUUUUGAGUUGCUUUUGUUGCAGCAUUAAGAAAAUGGCUGAUAGUGGCGUCAGGAAAAAACCCACAGGGUGCCCCCACUGCUCAUCUGCCUCUCAGGAAGAUCUCCUUUGCAUGUGCUCCUGUGAGACAAGGCUCUCUCCAGUGUCGGUGGUGGAAAUGUCAGAGACAUCAAGCAUUGCUUGUUCAGACAUUUCAAUUUCACUGGAGAGAAAAAAAGACCAGCAAAUUAAAGAUAACUCCUCUGGAAAAGAUGGGCCCUCAAGAACCCCGAACAUAGAGAGAAAGACAUCUCAACAACAGUGGGGUCGGGGCAACUUCACAGACGGAAAAGUCCCUCACAUAAGGAUGGACAAUGGAGCUGCUAUUCAGGAAAUCUAUACAUUUGGAAGAAUUUUGGGAAAAGGGAGCUUUGGACUGGUCAUUGAAGCAACAGACAAGGAAACAGAAACUAAGUGGGCAAUUAAAAAAGUGAACAAAGAAAAGGCCGGCAGCUCUGCUGUGAAGUUACUGGAACGGGAGGUGAACAUCCUGAAAAUCGUGAAGCACGAGCACAUCAUACACCUGGAGCAGGUGUUCGAGACGCCCAAGAAAAUGUACCUUGUGAUGGAGCUUUGUGAGGAUGGAGAGCUCAAAGAAAUCCUGAGUAAGAAAGGACAUUUCUCAGAGAACGAGACGAGGUGGAUCAUUCAGAGCCUGGCGUCGGCCAUAGCGUAUCUUCACAGCAACGAUAUAGUACAUAGAGAUCUAAAACUGGAAAACAUAAUGGUUAAAAGCAGCUUUAUUGAUGCUAACAAUGAAAUGAACUUAAACAUAAAGGUGACUGAUUUUGGCUUAGCGGUGAAGAAGCACGGUAGGAGUGAGGCCAUGCUGCAGACCACCUGUGGGACGCCCAUUUACAUGGCCCCUGAGGUCAUCAAUGCCCAUGACUACAGCCAGCAGUGCGACAUCUGGAGCAUAGGGGUCAUCAUGUACAUUUUAUUAUGUGGAGAACCACCCUUUUUGGCAAGCUCAGAAGAGAAGCUUUUUGAGUUAAUAAGAAAGGGAGAACUACAUUUCGAUGGUCCGGUUUGGGAUUCCAUAAGUGAUUCUGCCAAAAGUGUUUUGAAACAACUUAUGAAAGUAGAUCCUGCUCACAGAAUCACAGCUAAGGAGCUGCUGGAUAACCAGUGGUUAACAGGCAAUAUACAUUCUUCGGCAAGACCAACCAAUGUGUUAGAAAUGAUGAAAGAGUGGAAAAACAACCCAGGGAGUGAUGAAGAAAACGCCGCAGAGCAAAAGAACAAGUGGUCCAAUCGAGAAAAGCCGGAAGUUUCCCAACUCAGCAGACCCGGAGGAGCUGCCCACGACGGCGCCAGCACUUCAGAUGAAGACGAGGAGAGACAGCCCACUGCUUAUAAAAAGAAAUUUCCCGUGACCAGUAAGAAGGGAAACAUGGACAACCUGGACACCAGCAGUUCAAACUCCACAACCAGCAGACUCCUUCCAGCCGGAAUGAGGGGAGAACUAGAGAAACCCUCUGUGACUUCAAGCCAUGUAACAACAACCAAAUACACUUCUAAAUCCUUUGCCCUGCCCAGAACCAAAAAGAAACUCUAAGGUUCCUUCCAACGCUGAAUAGCACAAAACCAGAGCUGCUCUUUCUAGUGCUAAAAUGAGGGGGUAGGAUGUGUAAAGGACCAGCACUGUGUGAGCUUUUAGCUCCACCGAGCCCUGCAGUGUGUUUGCAUCAGUUUAAAAUUGAAGCUAGCUAUCUCCAUGCAGCGUGGCGUUGAAGGACAGCCACCCACAGGCUUGAGGGCAGGGCUGCGGUCGAAACCAGCGCGAGAUCCUCUGAGGGUUGUUUAGAGGAGCAGGUGCCCUCAGAGCAAGGCUGUGGGCGUGCCCGCUCAGUUUUACUUCACGUUCUUAGAUUUCAGCACAAUUCUUUAUAGGGAAACGAGAGCCAAGUGUGGUCAUGGAGGUUCCUAAUAAUUACGUGCACGUUGCACUAGAAGACUUUGUUAGGAAAUUGCUAAUAAACUUACCACGGGCAUAACAGCAGAAGUGCCUCGGCCAUUCACGUGUGUUCUUGUGAUGGUAGGUUGCUAUAGAUUGUUUAACACAAUUUAAAGGUAGGAAAAUAGGAGAUUUUAUAACUGCUUGCCAUUAACUUGCUGCUAAAUUCCCAAUGUAUUGAUUGACUCAAUAAAAGACAGA